UGUUGGAAAGUCAUCAGGCACUUGCCUUCUGUGAUCACCGAUACAUAUUUCUUAUUAAAUUAUUUAUACUUAUUAUAAUAUUUAAUUGUAAUUUGGUGAUUUUUGUUUUUAAAAUCACAACAAAUUUCAAUCAACUUUUAUUUUAAUCAGUGUCCAAUAAGAACACGUGAUAUGCUCUUCGACGAAUCCAGACAUCAACAUUAUACCAAUCAUAUAAAGUUCCAAAGCUUGACAAACUUACCAUGCGGUCUGGAAUCCAACAACAACAUCGGCGCGACGGGCGUGAGCAUGGACGAAGAGGAUGCUAGUACCGACGAUGACGAGCACAUACGAAGCGAUUUGUCGGACCAACGGCGUGGCCACCGACGCUAUUGCCGCGACCACGACCGCGACGAGACGGGCACGUUGUCCGAGAAGCAGCCGAUCGCGGGCGUGGCCAACGGAUUCUUCAAUGGCCCGUACGCCGGCAGCGGGGACGGCGGCAGCAGCAGCGGCCUGGAGAAGUUCCGCAUCGACUAUCCGAAGAAGUACCGGACCGCCCGUAGCAUGUCGCUGUCCAUGGAGCGGAACGCUUUCUGCGAGCUGUGCCGCGUUUCCCGCAGCCCCGUGCCGUCCGACAUGUACGGCGGCACCGGCGGCGACCGCGAAGACGACGACGGCGUCCGGCGGUACUUCGGGUUCACCAUCAGGCAGUACAUGGCACUCGGCUCGCUCGCGCUCGUCGACUUCCUCGGGUUCUGCUCCAUGUCCAUCAUGGCGCCGACCUUUCCGAAAGAGGCUGAAAAAAAAGACAUGACAAUUUCAGAAGCUGGUCUAGUUUUUAGUUUCUUUGCAUUGAUUAUGUUCUUACUCUCUCCAGUUAUGGGGUCAAUAAUGCCGAUAUUUGGUACAAAAUAUUUGUUUAUAUCUGGCGUGUUUAUUGCCGGAGUGUGCAAUAUGAUUUUUGGAUUAUUACCAAUGAUAGAAGAUAAUUUUCAGUUUAAAAUACUAUGCUUUAUAGUACGAGGACUUGAAGCAAUUGGAGCCAGUGCUUUUUCUACGUCAAGUUUUGUUUACGUUAUUCAAAUAUUUCCAGAUAACGUCAGUAGCGUAUUAGGUAUAUUGGAAACAUUUGUCGGUUUAGGAAUGAGUGUUGGGCCUGCAAUUGGAGGAUUGUUAUCUUCAGUUGGAGGUUAUGCUUUGCCAUUUUUUGUAGUAGGCAUUUUAAUGGUAGCUACCGUGCCACUGCAUAUUUACCUUAUGCCUCCAAUUAAAGACGAUGUAAAAGCAUCACAAGCUGUUGGAAGCCGAUCAAAGGGUAUAGUAAAAUUACUCAUAAUUCCUUCAGCUUUUGUCGUCGGAGCUGUCAUUACGGUUACAUCCAAUUUUUGGGCGUCACUUGAUCCAACGCUUGAACCACAUUUACGAGAAAUGGGACUGUCUACCGACGAGGUGGGACUUGUGUUUCUGUUUUGUUCUGUACUAUACGGAGUUUCUAGUCCGAUUUGGGGUUACAUAGCUGACAAAUAUGAUAACCAUUGGUCAAUGAUGGCUGGUGGCUUGCUUAUAUCAGCUUUCGGACUGUUCAUUUUAGCUCCUAUUCCUUGGUUACCAUUGGACAAAGAUGUUCUAUGGUUGAAUUUGGUUGGACUUGGAAUCCUGGGUGUAUCUGCAUCAUUAACUAUGAUGCCUGCGUUCAAUUUCAUUCUGUCAAGUGCAAUAGAUAAUGGAUUUCAAGAAAGCGUUUCUACAUUUGGUACUGUUGCCGGAUUUUGGUCAUCAGCAUAUUCACUUGGUGAUAUGACCGGUCCAUCAUUGGGAGGCGUUCUUUUAGAACAUUUUGGCUUUUCUAUAUGUAUGACUACAAUGGGCCUUAUUUGCUUGGUAUUGGGUGUAUUUACGAUUGGGUUUUUUGGUUUUCUGAGGAAAAAAAAAAAACGUCCGAAAAUCAUGUCGGACAAGAGUCCUUUGAACGACCCAAAAAUUAUCCAUCCUCGAUAUAAUUCAGUCAACGACGAUCGUGGUGGAUCAGUAAUAAUACCUAAUUAUUCUAUCAAAACCGAAACUACUGAAGUGUAA